AUGGCGCUGACUCUGUCUAAAGCUUUAUUGAUUUUGCUGUCCCUGGCCGGCUUCUGGACGCUCUGGGGAUUUCCAUAUCAAAAUGGCCUUCUCAAGAUCUUGGGCCAGCAAUCAGAGCCAGGGGCUGUCAUUCCUGGUCCUACUGUAGCUCCUAUGAAGCAGACCUACACUGGCAUUGGCGUCAUCGAUAAGCAAUUGACCGUCUUGGUCAGCUUCUUCUACACUGCUAUCGAUGGCAAUCGGGCGGAUGUCUCUUUGUCCUUUCUCUACCUCGGUGGCCAGGUCCUUGCAGCCUGGGUUUUGAUCAUGGUUGAGGGCCUCAGAAACGGUAACAGAGGGAAAUUCUUCCUCACUGCGACGACAUUGUUUGGUGUAGGAGUUGCUAUUGUGGGCUAUGCUUGCGUCGCACCCUUGUGGUUUGCUCUGCACCUGUGGACUUCUCCCACGGUUGUUAAUCCCAAGGACUAUCAACUUGAUGUCGACAUACCCAUUAAAAUCGCCAUUGCCCCGAUCAGCAUCCUCGUUGGAUUCGGGCUUCCAUCCCUUCUGAUGUGCCUCCCAGCUCCUACCGUGGUGUCCUUCGAGACCAAACAGACGUGGACUGGUAUUCAGCAGGGUUGGUCGAUCUGGAUUGGGCUGACACAAUUUAUCCUGAGCACUCUGGUUCUAACCAUCGAUCAACGGGCCUCGAUCCAAACUGAAAACGACAAGAGAUUGAAGAGUGCCAGGUAUCUCCGACUGGCGUACGCGUUUGCAAUCAUAUCAUCGGCUGGCUCCCACCUGGCGGCGUUCAGUUUGUCUGGGCUGGCUUACCUCUUCCCCGUCCUGUUCAGCGCCACCUACCUCCCGCAGCUUCAACCCGCCAAGAUCUUUGUCCCUGUCGUGCCAUUUGGACAGCCACAGGUCAAGAUUCUGGCCGAUGGAGCUUUGUGGUUCCUACAGUGGGACAUUGUCGUCGGGGUCUCGGCCUCGCUUCUGUGGAGUUUGACAGUGCGAGAUGCGAGCAAACAUGGCAAGGUGACAGUUACUCAAACCUUGAUUGAAGUCAUUAAAACAAUCCUAAUCACAGCUUUGCUCGGUCCGUGUGGAGCAGCCGCUGUUGCCAUCUGGAGCCGUGAUGAACGAGUUUUAGGGAAAGACAAGAGAACCUGA